UUGGUCGUUGUUUCCACAGGUGGAGCGGACGCUUUGGUGAACGAGCAAAUCAAAAUGGCGAGUCAAGAAGAGUCUGUGAGGGAGUUCGUCGCUGUUACUGAUGUGGAUGAGGAGAGGGCCCGCUUUUUCUUGGAGUCCGCCGGCUGGGAUUUGCAGCUUGCACUAGCCAGCUUCUUUGAAGAUGGACCAGAUGACGACAUAGUAACACUGCCUCAGCCUGAGGGAGGCUCCUCUGUGUCCCGGUCUGUAGGGCCGAGUGCGCAGCCCCGAGUGACCUCCUUCAGAGAUUUGGUGCAUGAGGCAGAGGAUGAGAGUGAUGAGGAAGAAGGCCAAAGGUUUUAUGCAGGGGGAUCAGAGCGCAGCGGGCAGCAGAUUGUUGGGCCUCCAAAAAAAAAAAGCUCCAAUGAAGUAGUAGAUGAUUUGUUCAAGGUGGCAAGGGAACAUGGAGCUGUGCCACUGGACCGGAGCGGGAAAGGUCCAGGGGAGCCCAGCAAAUCCAAGCCAUUUUUUGGUGGAGGCUACAGGCUAGGAGCAGCUCCUGAAGAAGAAUCAACUUAUGUUGCUGGAGAGAGGAAAGCAUCCAACAGCCAACAAGAUGUGCAUGUGGUGCUAAAGCUAUGGAAGACGGGUUUCAGUCUGGAUAAUGGUGAACUCAGAAACUACAAUGAUCCUGGAAAUGCCAGCUUCCUUGAGUCAAUCCGUAGGGGAGAGAUACCUUUGGAACUGAGUCAGCUUUCUCGAGGAGGGCAGGUCAAUCUGGACAUGGAAGACCAUAGGGAUGAGGAUUUCAACAAACCCAAAGUAGCUUUCAAGGCUUUUGGAGGUGAAGGCCAGAAGCUGGGAAGUGCCACUCCAGAGCUGGUUUCAGCUCCAGCUACCUCCCAACAGGACCGGGCUGCCAAUGAGGCCCAAGCCAGUGCUUCUGUGACCCUCAACCCCUCCCAGCCCAUCACAAAUAUUCAGAUUCGACUGGCUGAUGGCGGCAGGCUGGUCCAGAAAUUCAACCAUACUCACAGGGUGUCUGAUGUGCGUCACUUUGUGGUUGCAGCUCGGCCCGCCAUGGCUGCCAGAGAGUUUGUUCUCAUGACCACAUUCCCCAACAGAGAGCUGUCAGAUGAGAGCCAGACCCUGCAGCAGGCCAACCUCCUCAACGCUGUCAUUGUCCAGCAGCUGAAGUGAGGGCACGACGAGGCAACCCCUUUGUUGGUGUGGCUAAGUAACUGCAGCCCUGUGAAACCUGCUGCCUCUUCUGAGCAGAGGUACAUCCAUGGACUUGUGUAUGGACUUCUGAUUUCUAAUUUUUGUUUUUCUGAAGUUAAAAAAAAAAGAGUGAGAGAAAAUUAUGCUCCCCAGACUCCUUCUCACAUCCCUUCUGCUGUGGUCUGGACAGUAGCAGACAAAGUAAAAUAUCUUCUGGAAGGGAACACUUCAUGGAAGCUCUGUUGGAAAGCUCCUGGAGGCUGAUAAUUUGGUGGAUUUGUUGACCUGUGUCAACAGCUGGUUUAAUCCAAAAAACGUCCAAGGAACUCACCUUUGUGUGAAGAGCAGUUUGCAGAACUGUUGAUUCAACUAGGUUUUAUUUUCUUCAACCUUAGCUUGCCUACCUUCUCUCUUCCAUUCCUAUUAAGCGGUCCUUCCACUAUGUUUACCAACAGCUGGCAGGUGUAUCGCUUUCGAUUUUACCAUUAUUUCUGAGUUUUUCUGUCUCGCAGCACAAAAGCAGAAUCACCAACCUGUUCCUAAAUAUCACCUGUCUGCACAUUUUCUGGCUCUGCCUGCUCGGUCACCUGGUUAGUUAAGUCUGGUUCUGUCAACUCUUGAUCAGUUGAAACAUCUGAUUGAUUAGGUGUGAGGAGAGCAGGGAAAGAGACAAACCGGUAGAACAGGUGUUCUGAAGAAUAAUGGUGACACUUGCAGGAAAAGGGUGCAUUGAUAUGCGGUUUUGUGUAAGUUUCCAUUUGUCUUCACAUAUUCUUCCUGGAAAAUUAAUUUUAAUGACUUAGCCAAACUAUCCAAACCAAGCUGUACCAGUAGCCUUGUGUUCCGUUUUACACCUGUAGAACAGCAGUGCCACCUUUGUUCAUAUGGGGGACUUUUUUUUUUUAAGUUGCAUAUUUUCCUCUUGAGAUUGUAGGAUUGUCCCAGUCCAACAGUGGGAUUUUUGACAAUUGUGUAACAACAGAAAUAGUUGCACAUGGCUUUACUAGCACACCAGUGGUUGAAGAAAAGAACACAUAGAUUGUAAACACUGGUUUGUAUUAGUGGGAGCUGACUUCCAAUGACACACAGACAUGUUCUAUGCAUCUUGGGGCGAGACAGACAUGUUUAGACUGCUGGUGAAAUAAAUUCAUUUUAUGGUUGAUGUAUAAAGAAA